AUGUUUCUUUUCUUUCUUCUAUCUUUUCUUUUUCUUUCUUUUCUUUUUCUUUCAUCUCUUGUUUUAUUCUUUUGUUUCUUUAUUCAUUUCUCUUUUUCAUUUUCUUUUUCCAUUCUUUUCGUCAUUGCUUUUUUUUCUAUUGUUUAUUCUGUUCUUUUUCAUUUCUUUCUUUUUUCUUUCUUUUUCUUUUGCUUGUUUCUUUUCUUUUUGUUAUCCAUUUUCAAUGGCUUUAUUUAUUCUUGUUUGUUUCACUUCAUUCAUUUUCUACACUUUUUUAUUUUUUCUCUCUUUCUCCAAUCUUAUUUUUACUUACUAUACUUUUGUAUUUUAAGUCAUUUUUAUUUUUUUCAGGUAUUUUCAUCCCUGUUUCUAUCUUUCUCCUUUGUUUUUACUCUCUCUUUCUUUAGUGUUUCUUUUCUCUUUCUUUUUUUUCCCUCUUGCUAUUUUAUUGCUUUUGUUUCCAUUUUUACUUCUUUUUAUCUUUUUUUCUAA